CCGUGGGUCCUUGCGGAAUAAAGGAAGGAUUCCAGCCACCAACCCGAGCAAAUAGCUGUAGACCAAAGUUUAUUGCACAGUAGGUUCAAAGAGGAAAUUUGAACCCUGAGGAUGGGGUGACAAAAACUUUUAAAACUUUCCCACCAUAUCCCAGAAUACAGUUCGUACAGCAUCAUUGCUACAUCACUGACAUGUCACAAAAGGGGAGGAGUUAACCUUGGCAAACAUGCCCAGACAAGUCCUUGGUACAAGAUUAGCAUAAGCAGACAUGGCAGGGCAAGACUCAGGUAUAAGAUUAGCAUAGACAAAUAUGUCUUAAGUACCCACCACCCAAAAGUACAAUAGAACUUCCUUUGCAUGUCUGGAGCCUGAGGCAAGUCAGGUGAUGAGAUUUGGCUUCCCUUGGCUAACAAUGAGUCCAGCAAUUGUCACCUUUGGGAACUUCCUGGAGUCCUUUUUCAAGGGGAAAAUAGCUUUGGAACGGAGAAAACUGGCAAAGGAGAUGAUUUUAUAUUAUUUUUAAAGCUAGGUAACUUCCCUGAGCUGUCAAGUUGAUAGGAUACAUUCCGGCAUAAUAUUUGUAAUAUUUAACUUUUAAGAUGUGCCCCGCCCCCGUAAUUUCCGUAACAGAUAUCAAAUCCAAACUCUUCUUCCCAGGAUUCUUUGGGAAAAGUCAUGUGCUUUGGGGGAAGUUGGCUGUGCCCAAGGCUGGGUAGGGCUGAACCCCGGACCUGCAGGCAUCCAGGGGUUAUUAGGACUACAACUCCCAUCAUCCUUCGCCGCCAUUCCGCAAGUGGCCAAUGGUGAGGGAUGAUGGGAUUUGGAGUUUAGCGUGUUCGCCAGGGCAUAUAGGGAGGCGGCCGCGAUUGGGGCGAACCAGCAGCCGCGCCAUUCAUGAAUCGCCCUCCCCCGUGCUGGGAAAAGUCACGCGCCGCUUCCCGCGUUCGAACCCUUCCUUUCAUUCAGCAACGUUCAAUGAGCCACGCCCACCUCCCUCCAGGCCCCCGCCCUCGUCCUUGGUCCUCGCGCGGCGAUUGGAUAGCAGACCUCAGCUCCGCCUACGCGUCUUAGUCCGUGAGCAGCCAUGGAGCGGGCAUCGCGGGAGCUUCCCGCAUCCUGGUAAGGGUUCCGCGGGGGAGGGAAGCCAGGGCUGCCCCACCUUUAAUUUUUGCAUGUGACGAAGGGUGUGUGAUUUACCCGUUUCCACUCCUUGCACAAGCAUUUUGCGCCCAACAGUGCUUCCAGAAUUGCAGACUGAGAAACCCAAACACGCCUGAUUUUCAGCCCAUAAUACCCGCUUACUUUGCUUGCUAAGGCUCGGAUCUUAAGCCCACUUAUUAAGGCGCAAACCCCGCCUUACUUCACCUCCGAGUAGACGUGCUCGGAAUCGUUCCAUACGCAGAAACUACUGUCUUGGGUUAGGCCCGUCCAGCUCAUUUCCUAAUGCUUCUUGACGGUGGAACAGAGGUGGUUUCGCUGGUUUGCUGGAGGUAUCUAACCUGAAGCUGGACCAGGUACCUGCCUGGGAUAGUGGCCCCUGAAAUGUUGCUGCACUCCAACUCCCGUUGCCCCUGGCCAAUGGUCAGGGGUGGUGGGAAUUGCAGUCCCAACAUCUGUAGGGCCUCAGGUGCUCCAUGCCUGCCCUUCACUGUGCUAGGUGCAUAUAACACCACGAGGCGGGGUGGGAUGGAGAGCAGCAGCCCUGCGGUACCCACAACCUGCUUCUAUUAUCAAAGAGAUGGAAGAAAAAUAGGGAUCCUGUGGUCCUCAUGGGAGGACGCCAAUCUGCUGGAGUUGUCAGCAGCACGUCAGCAAUCCAACACCCAGUGUCAGUGAAGUUAACUUAAUUCAAAGAAACCAAAACAGUUCAGGCCUAGUGGUCACUACACCUCUUCCCAGUUGGUCUCGGCCCAAUGAGGCAGUUGCGAGGACUGAGGGUCCCCACCUUCCCACUGCUCCCUAAGACUUCUCUUUCCUGGGACCUUUCCCGGUAACCCAAGACUCCUUUGCCUUGUCUCUCUUUGCUCCACUCUCUUCAUUCCGUGUUCUGGGAGACCGGGGGGAGGGGGGCUGUUCACAGCAGGAGCGGGAGACACCCUGGCUUCUUCAGCAGCCUGACCCAUCUCUGCCUCUUGCCCCACCCCUCCUCUCCAUGCUCUGAUUCUGAACUGCUCUCUGCCACGGACUCUUCCUGCUCACUAAACCCUGUUACCUCUUCAGCUUCCAAUGCCUCCUCUUCCUAGUCUUCACCUUCUGACCACCCAUCCCCAUCCCACCACCCAUCCCAGGGCUCUGAGCCUUCUUCCCUUUGGGGGGUUCCCCAGCUGGUGCCUCCCACCAUUCCUCUUUGCCCAGCCAGUCCAUGACAGGAGUCCAGCAACAUCUCGAGGAGCGCAGCUCCUACCCUUCCUGUGGCAGAAAGGUGGACGGCUGAGUGCAGCAGACCUUCCCAAGGGGCACAGUGGAAUAUAAAGUGUUGGUGUUGACCUUUAAAGCCCUAAACGGCCUCAGUCCAGUAUACCUGAAGGAGCGUCUCCAGCCCCAUCUUUCUGCCUGGACGCUGAGGUCCAGCACCGAGGGCCUUCUGGUGGUUCCCUCACUGCGAGAAGCAAAGCUACAGGGAACCAGGCAGAGGGCCUUCAUGGUAGUGGCGCCCGCCCUGUGGAACGCCCUCCCACCAGAUGUCAAAGAGAUAAACAACUACCUGACAUUUAGAAGACAUCUGAAGGCAGCCCUGUUCAGGGAAGUUUUUAAUGUGUGACAUUUUUAUGUAUUUUUAAUGUUUGUUGGAAGCCGCCCAGAGUGGCUGGGGAAACACAGCCAGAUGGGCGGGGUACAAAUAAAUAAUAAUAAUUAUUAUUAUUACCCUCACUUUUAUCUCUUCCAGGGCGCCAGAGCGCACAGUAUGGCUGAACAGUGGAGCCCCUAUGCCUCUUCUGGGGCUGGGCACCUUCCGCUUGCGGGGUGAGGAGGCCGUACGCCUCAGCCUGGACGCUGCUCUCGGGAACAGCUACCGCUUGGUGGACACGGCCGCUGUCUAUGGCAAUGAGUCUGACAUCAGGCACGCUCUGCAGGAGUUGCUGCCGCGCCACGGCCUGGCUCGGGGAGACAUCUUCCUAACCAGCAAGCUGAGCCCAAGGGACCAGGGGCAGGAGGCGGCCGAAAGAGCCUGCCUGCGAAGCCUGGAGGAGCUGGGCUGUGAUUACUUAGACCUCUACCUCAUCCACUGGCCCGGGACCCAAGGCCGUCCGCAGGAGGACAAGGGCAACCGGGAACGGCGGCAGCAGAGCUGGCGGGCUCUGGAGAGGCUGUACGGGGCCGGGAAGCUCCAGGCCAUCGGGGUCUCAAAUUACAGCAUCCAGCAUUUGGAGGAGCUGCUGGCAGUGUGCCGGGUGCCCCCCUCCGUCCUCCAGGUGGAGUUCCACCCAGAACUGGCCCAGGGGGGAUUGCUGGGCUUCUGCCGGAGCAAGGGCAUCCACCUGCAGGCCUACUCCUCGCUGGGGACUGGCCAGCUGGUGGGGCGGCCAGAGGUGGCGAAGGUCGCUGCACGACACGGGCGCCCGCCUGCCCAGGUCUUGCUGCGCUGGGCUCUGCAGCAAGGGGUCAGCGUCAUCCCCAAGUCUGCCACCCCGAGCCGUGUGGUGGAAAACAGCCAGCUCUGGGGUUGGGAGUUGAGCCCAGCGGAUAUGGAGGAGCUGGGUGCGUUGGAUUGUGGGAAGCGCUAUUGCUGGGAUCCCACCAAUGUGGCAUAAAACGGGGGGGGAAGAUGGGCAUUCCAGAUGUUGCUGGACUCCAGUUCCCACCAGGUCCCAGCCAACAUAAUCAUCAGUCAGGGAUGGUGGGAGUUGAAGUCCGGCAACAUCUGGCAGACCAGGCGUUCGCCAGAGACAUGGGGGAUGCGAGACUGAAUAUAAUAAUUUCGGGGACUGAUCUCCACCCAGUUGGAGAAUCCCAUUUGAAAGCAGUGCCUUUAUCAUAUUGCAGUUCCAUCAGCCAGCCUUUAAAUUCAGAAGAGAAAAUGCCAGUGGAUGGAGAAACUCGGUCUUCCCUCGUCUCUGCCUUUACCACCUCCCCCUGGAAACAGAACUCUAGGGCAGGGCUAGAAAUCUGUGGCUCUCCAGAUGUGGUUGAACUCCCUAUCCGGCAUGGCCUGUGGUAAGGGAGGAUGGGAGCUGGGAGUCUUAAAAAAGCAUCUGGAGGCCCACAGGCUCCCUAUUGCUGCUGUAAGACGAAAAGAGCAAUAUUAAACAGGAAUUCAAUUUCUCUGCGUCCCUUUGAGUUUAAUUUUCUUUCGACACAUUCAUUCCCGAGG